GCGGGGCCGGGGGCGGCUCGUUCCUGCCCACAAGACAGAUCGGGGCUCAGGUUGCUCGCUGCGGGGUGAUCGCCGUUUUCCUGUGUUUAUUUUGCUUCUUCCAGCCCAUUUUAUUGCCUGAGAGAGAGAACAGAAGCCUCGGGACCCCCUCCCACCCCCUUCAGAGCCCCAGCAGCAGCUUCUCGAGGUUGCUCUCCAGGCUCCUCACCAGAAACAUUGGCACCAGCAGCAGCCAGAGCUGGGACACCAGGGAGAUGAAAGAGUUCAGAAAGCUCCUGCCAGAGCCACCCUCAAAGCCCACCUGAGGCAUGGAAAGCCUUUCCCACCGCAGAGCGGGGUCUAGAGCAAGACGCCUUCCCAAGGAGCCCUGCAGAGCCCAGCCUCCUCAUGCCCUGCGGAUCCAGAGGGAGAACACCCCCAGUGUCCGUGCAGAGAAGCCAGCAGCAUCCCUCAUCAUCAGCCACAGGGAUCUGCAGCGCAUUGAGGAAUCAGCUCGAGUCCUCUCCAAGGAGGAGCGUGAGGCCCAGCUGGCAGCCCUCAAAGCGCAGAGGGCAGCCGCACUCGAGGCCGUGAGAGAGCGAUGUAAGGCGGCCAGGCAAAAGGCCCUGGAGCAGCAGCAGAGGGAGAAGCCGAGCGAGCUGGAGGAGGAGGCGCGGGAGCGGGCGCAGGCCCUGCUGAAGCAGUCCGAGAGGAAGCGGUUGGAGCAGGAGGAGGAGAUUAAAGAGUUCAAAACGCUCCUCCUGGGCACCAAGUGCCACGUGAUCCGCGACGCCCAGAUCCUGGAGAAGAAGCUCAUCGCAAAAGAGCUGCAGGAAGAAGAGAAUCGCCUGGCCAGGAUGGUGGAGGCGGAGAGGAAAAAGGCUGAGGGGAAGCAGGAGGAGCUGGAGCGCAGGAGGAAGCAGGAGCUGAUCAGAGGGAGACAGGAGAUCGUCAGGCAGAUGGAGAAGAACGCGGAGGAGCGCGCUCUGAGAGCUGUGCAACAGGAGGAGGAGGCUCAGGAGCUGCGGCAGCAGAUGGAGCAGCUGAAGAUGGAGGAGCAGAAGGACUUGCAGCGCAGACGGGAGCAGCAGAAGAAAACCCAGGCGGAGAUCAAACGUGUCAAUGACGCGAAUCGGAAGCUCAAGGAGGAGCAGACCGAGCUGGAGAGGCUGGCAGACGAGCGGAUUCUGCAGUACCAGCGGCAGAAAAUGGAGCGGGAGGCCAAGCUGGAGGCCGAGCAGGCGCGACUCCGCCAGGAGAAAGAGAAGGAGAUUGCACGCUUCAGGGCCAUGCAGGAGAGGGCCCGGGACCAGAAGGCAGAGCAGGACGCGCUGAGGGCCAAGCGCAGCCAGGAGGCCGCCGAGCGCGAGUGGCGGCGCAAGGAGCUGGAGGCAGCGCGGAGAAAGGCCGCGCUGCAGCAGGAGCUGGAGCGGAGCCGCUGUGAGCAGAUGGCGCAGCGUGAGCACGAGGCAGCCAUCCAGGUGCAACGGGACCGGCAAGACUUCGAGAGGAGCCUCAGGGCCCUGCGGGAGCAGCUGCAGAAGGAGAAGGCCGAGGCGGCGCGGAGGGCAGAGCAGCGGCUCGCCCACGCCAGCGCCGUCCGGCGCCAGAUGCAGGAGCGGCAGCAGCAGCUGACGCGGGAGCGGGUGGCCGAGUUCGAGGAGGCCCGGCGGCGGCAGGAGGAGGCCCAGCAGCGCAGCCUGCGCAUCGCCCGCCACAAGCAGCAGCUGCUGCAGGAGUUCAGGCCCUUAGGCAUCCCUGAGAAAUAUUGUGCCCAUCUGGAGCGGAAGGCCCAGAGCUGAGCAGGAGCAGCUCCUGGCCAGGCUCAGCGCCAGCAGGAGGGAACUUCAGUUCCCCAGCCAUUUCGGGGCUUCCAUUUUACUCGUUAGGGUUGUCGAGAAUAAAGAGAGUUGUUUAUGGA